AUGGGCAACAAUCUGACGAACAUGAAGCUGCUGGUGUCGGUCCUGUUGGUGGCUGCUGUGGUUGUGGUGUUGGUGGACGCUGGAGGUAAAGGUGGUGGGAAAGGAGGUGGCGGAGGUAAAGGUCAGUCAGGUGGCGGUGGCAGCAGUAGCGGUGGCAGCAGUGGUGGCAGUGGUGGUGGUGGUGGCGGCGGUGGUGGUGGUGGCAGCAGUGGCGGAGGUGGCAAGAGUGGUGGAGGUGGCAGUGGAAGUGGUGGAGGUGGCAGUGGAAGUGGUGGAGGUGGCAGUGGAAGUGGUGGGGGUGGCAGCAGUGGUGGGGGUGGCAGCAGUGGUGGGGGAGGCACUGGAAGUGGCGGAGGUGGUGGCAAGGGGAAAGGGAAACGCAGCGUGCUGCUGGAGCCCCUGCCACACGCCGUGAUCCACGGCCCUGUGCCUGCCUACCCCCACCUCUAUGUGCCAGUGCUGCCCUACGGCUACGUCAAGCACCAUGGUCCUGUCCUCCACGGAUAG